CUUAAAUCAAACGAGCAGCUAAUUUUAAAAAUGUCGAGCACUUCUCAAAAACAUCGUAAUUUCGUUGCAGAACCCAUGGGAGAAAAACCUGUAACCGAACUAGCCGGGGUUGGAGGAGUACUUGGAGAACGUUUGGUCACAGCCGGUUUUGACAAAGCUUAUGUUGUCUUAGGACAAUUUUUAGUGCUAAAGAAGAACCAGGAGCUUUUCAAAGAAUGGAUGAAGGACACUUGCUCUGCAAAUUCAAAGCAAUCAGCAGAUUGUUGGCAAUGUCUUAAUGAUUGGUGUGAAGAGUUUUUGUAAUCUAUGUGUAAUUUUAUUUUAACUCUAACUAAACUGUCCUUGAACUUUUGAUGUUUUUUAUUAAAGGAACAAUUUAAAAGUUUAUGUUAUACCUAUUCACUUUUAAUUAAGAUUAAUUUGAUCAGUCUUGUACUCAUUAAAAGUUCAAAUACAAAUUUUUCUAUUUUUCUACUCAUAAGAUUUAAAUUAUUGCAAUUAUAAUGUAAAUAAAGUAAGUUGUUAAAUGAAAUUCAGAAUAUAGCUGUAUAUAAGUUUUAGACAAAUUAAAAUAUAAGUACCUAUUUAAAAAAUGUGUUGUUUUCAAAUAAUUGGUUUCGAGUAUCCCAAUAUCAAGUCAAAAUUCAAAUGUAAACAAAAACUGAGUACUCUGUUUAAUUUGAAUUAUUUAUUUAAUAAUGAGUAUUUUUAAAUAUGAGAAAUACAAAGUAAACAUGAAAUGUGCAUUUCAUAAGUGCUCUUAUCCAAUCCAUUAGUUAUUUUAUCAGAUUUAAGAUGUACUUAUAAAAAUAGCAGAAAUCACUAAGUAAUCAUUUUUAUUUGAAUAUGAUUAUUUUUACAUAAAUAAAUAUGUAAUUGGC